CAGACGCACCACGGACAACUAGCUAGAUUGCGGCCGCUGGAAGCAAAACCGUGUUCCUUCGAACAAUUAAAUUAAACGUACCCUCUCAUUUUUUGUCUGCAGCACAAAUAAAUUUAGCGCUACAGAGAAUAUGGGGGUCCCGAAGUUUUAUCGAUGGAUUUCUGAGCGUUACCCUUGUCUCAGUGAAGUUGUCAAGGAACAUCAGAUCCCAGAAUUCGACAAUCUCUAUUUGGAUAUGAAUGGGAUCAUUCAUCAGUGUUCUCAUCCAAAUGAUGAAGAUGUCCACUUCCGCAUCUCUGAAGAAAAGAUUUUUGCUGACAUUUUCCAUUACUUGGAGGUACUUUUCAGGAUCAUCAAGCCACGCAAGGUUUUCUUCAUGGCAGUUGAUGGUGUGGCGCCAAGGGCAAAAAUGAACCAGCAGAGAGGACGGAGAUUCCGGUCUGCUAAAGAAGCAGAAGAAAAAAUUAAAAAAGCUCUGGAUAAAGGAGAGGUGUUACCCACAGAAGCUCGUUUCGACUCCAACUGCAUCACUCCAGGCACUGAGUUCAUGGUGAGACUCCAAGAGCAGCUGAAGUAUUUUGUCCACAACAAACUCUCUACUGACAAACUUUGGCAGAAUGUCAAAAUCUACUUGUCUGGCCAUGAGACCCCUGGCGAGGGCGAGCAUAAGAUCAUGGAAUUCAUACGUUCAGAGACUUCGAAGCCACUUCAUGACCCUAACACCCGGCACUGCUUGUAUGGCCUGGAUGCCGACCUGAUCAUGUUGGGUUUGACCAGCCAUGAGCCAAAUUUCUCGCUACUCAGAGAAGAGGUCCGCUUUGGAGGAAAGAAAUCCCAAAAAAGGGUAACUGCUCCAGAGGAGACAACGUUCCAUUUGCUCCACUUGUCUCUGAUGAGGGAAUACAUUAACUAUGAGUUCUCUGAGGCUAAGAAUCAGUCGGGCUCUAAAUAUGACUUGGAGCGGAUAAUUGAUGACUGGAUUCUAAUGAGCUUCCUUGUGGGGAAUGACUUCAUCCCUCACCUUCCUCAUCUUCACAUUAAUCACGAUGCUUUGCCGUUGUUGUAUAAGACUUACAUCAGUGUGCUACCUAGUCUUGAUGGUUAUCUGAACGAGAAUGGCCAUCUUAACCUCGGAAACUUUGAGAAAUACUUGGAAAAACUCUCUGAGUUUGACCGUGAACAUUUCAGUGAGGUGUUUGUGGACUUGAAGUGGUUUGAGAGUAAAGUUGGUAACAAGUACCUGAAUGAGGCGGCGGGUCAAGCAGCAGAGAUGGAAGCUGCCAGUAAACGCACCCACAAGGAAGAGGAUUGUUCUCUCCCUCUGGUAGAACUGACAUCACCUGAUAUAGUGACAGACGGUGGGAAAGUACCUACUGUCGAGGAUGAUGAGGAGGAAGAUGAUAUAUUUGAAACCGAGUUUAGACAGUACAAGCGCACGUACUAUAUGACCAAGAUGGGUGUCGACGUAGUGUCUGAUGAUUUUCUAUCAAAGCAGGCCAAAUGUUACGUCGAAGGCAUCCAGUGGAUUCUUCACUACUAUUAUCAUGGGGUUAAAUCCUGGAGCUGGUUUUACCCCUACCACUAUGCACCGUUCCUGUCAGACAUCAGGAAUAUUUCAGAAUUGACGUUGACCUUUGAUUUUGGGAAACCCUUCAUGCCCUUCCAGCAACUCUUGGCAGUCUUGCCCGCUGCCAGCAUGGAGCUUUUGCCUGAAUGUUACAGGCACCUGAUGACCAGUGAAACGUCUCCCAUUAUUGAAUAUUACCCUACGGACUUCGGAACAGACCUCAAUGGCAAGCAGCAGGAGUGGGAGGCUGUGGUGCUAAUUCCUUUCAUCGAUGAGAGGUGUUUGUUAGCGGCCAUGGAGAGUUGCAAUUAUAAGCUGACAAAAGAAGAGAAAGACAGGAAUAAUCAUACAGAGUGUGCUCUAUAUACAUAUGACCAUGAGAAAGACUUCACAUACCUCUCCACCAUUCCUCAGCUCUUCCCAAAUAUCAUCCAUUGCCAUGCCAGGAAAGAAAACAUUCCCAUGGAUGCCUGGCAAGUUCCACUAAACCACAUUGGCAGGAGUGUGGAUCGCUCAGCGCUGUAUUUCUGUGGAUUCCCCACACUACAUCACAUAAAACACAAGUUUAGUAUGAAGAAGAGCGGGGUGGUGGUAUUCCAACAAAGCAGCAGAGGUGACAAUAUGAUACUGGAGAUCCUCCCCAGUCAGAAAGAGGAAUUGGAUUGCAAGGAUGUUGCUGAACAAGUACUGGGGAAGUCAGUCUUUGUCAACUGGCCACAUUUGGAGGAAGCACGCAUCAUUGCUGUGACAGAUGGAGACACCAAAUUUUCUCUAGACGAACCAUCAGGGGUCCAACGAGUCUACCACAGCCCUUCCACCCCUCCACCGACCAAAGUCACUUACCUCUUAGACAAGGAGCAGAGGGACUGGAUAAAAGACAUCCAAGGAAUAACAGAACACUACCUGAAGAGGAAAGGCAUAACAGUGAAUGAAACAACAGUGGUUUUAUAUGGACAACUGCUGACAGGAAGAAAAUACGUCCCGAAGUCGAACGGUGUGGUCGAGUUGGAGAAACAGUGGGCUAAGCAGGUCCUUCCUUUUGCCUACCAGACUGUCGUCCAGGACAUUGAGGCCUUUUAUUCACCUUUGACCUGCUUUAAGAGCUUAGAAGACCUCUAUCCUCCACAAACCACUGUUUUCAUGGUGGGAAACCACCACUACUAUGCUGCCAUGGGCGAGGUGCAAGAUUCCAGCGACGUCAUCAAAGAAGGCCGUGUGCGUGUGGUUUUCAACCUCCCACAUGAUCCCCAACUAGAGGUUCUAAUCCAAAACCAGCAUAAGUACUGUGUAAAGUACAGCCCUGGGUACAUUGUGGCAUCCCGGCUUGGUAUUAGCGGCUACCUUGUGUCCCGCUUUUCUGGAAGCAUCUUCAUUGGCAGAGGAUCUAAAAAGAACCCCUGUGGAGAGCAAAAAGGUAAUGUUGGCCUGAACCUGAAGUUUAACAAGAAGAAUGAGGAAGUUCCAGGGUACACCAAGAGAACUGAGAAGGAAUGGCUUUACUCUGCUGCUGUGGAGGAGCUAUUAGCCGAAUACUUAGAAAGAUUUCCUGAGGUGUUUGACACUGUUGCAAGAAACGGUCACGAUGAUGUGUUCUAUGAAGACGACAUCUGGCCCGGGGAAGACCACAAUGGGGCAGAAAAGGUGGCUGAAAUCAUGACAUGGUUGAAAAAUCACCCCGUCAGCUCUAUCAGCAGAGCGUCAUGUGACUUGCAAGUGUUGGACGUCGCAAUCAUCGAGAAAAUUGAGGAGGCUGUGGAGAAAGCCAAGGUGAAGAAGAGUACAAAGAAAGUUCGAGUCACCGUAAAGCCGCAUCUCCUGUUUAGGCCCUUGGAGCAGCAACAGGGUGUGGUCCCAGACCCCAAUGCAGAGUAUCGGCUGUUUGACCGUGUCAUCAAUGUCAGAGAGAGCUUCACUGUCCCGUUGGGUCUCAGAGGCACUGUUAUUGGCAUUAAAGGAGCUGAGCGUGAGGACGAGGUUCUCUAUGAGGUGCUGUUUGAUGAGGAAUUUGCUGGAGGGCUUAAUAUCAGGUGCACAUCACCUCGUUGUUACCGCCUACCGCCCUGUGCGCUACUUAACCAAUCGCAUGGUGCCCGAAUGGAUCCCAUGUACAACAAACUCACCGCCAUUGUCAAACCUCAACCCGCUGCUGCCACCAACUUCAACUCACAUCAUCAUGUUGCCAGCCUCAACCACUCUCCACGUUCACCCUUUAUAUCAACGCAGCAUAAUAAACACAGUGAGGUAAGACCAGCCUACCAAGGCAGCAAAAACUCUAAGGCUGCUAUGCAGAAGCAACAGGACAAGAGUAAAGACGUGUACAUGAAUAUAUGGCAGUCUUUGCAAGACUCCGCUCCUUCCCAUAAACCUCCUGCUCAAUGGCAAAAUAAUCCCUCUGCUGGUGUCAUUAAGUUGUUGAAGAAAAGCGAAGAGGGCGUUUCAGUUGUACCUCAGCAGAACACAGUCAACAAGACAUCAACUGAGUUUGAGGACCUGAUAGCCAGCCUUAAGAUUUCGAAGGACAGCCAACAGAGUCCUGCAAAUCUUCCUCCAGCUCCUUUACAAACAACCGCCAGCCAAUCCGAUGAGCCUUUGUCACCACAGUCCUUUGCAAUGAAGGGCACAAUGGUGUUGAAAGAGAUGCUCAAGAUCGAUGGCACUGCAACAGGAAGUUCUGCCCCUCAAGAGACUGCUAACGACCAGAAGCAAAACAAGAGAGGAAAGUCCAAAAAAUUAGCGGCACAAAUGAAUCUUCCCCAUGGAGAUAAAGCUCAAUCGUCGUCUCCUGUGCCUGUUACCCAUGUUCACCAGUCCAACCCGUUGAUGGCCAGUAAGGUGUCGGAGUUGGAGUGCGUGUGUGUCGCUUUAGGCAUGGCACCACCGGAGUUCAGCUUUAUGCACAACAGAUUGGGUGUUGCGGUGUGUCAGGUUAAGCUGCCCAACGGUUUGACUCUUCACGGGCCUCAGUGUCAAUCAGAAAACGAAGCCAAGGAGAAAGCUGCCUUCUUUGCCUUACAGCGACUGAAUUCACUGGGCUCAGGUUUCCCUCUUCAACCCCCUCUGUUCCAUGGAGUGGCACAUUUGCAGUCUCCAGCCAUCAGAGCCAUGCCUCCUGUUUACAACCAGCCAGGCGGCUUGAUGAUGCCCCAGCGGGGUUGCGCUCCCGCCCCUAUCUGGGGAAUGCCUCUGCCACCCCACCCUCACCCCCAUCACAACCCAGCAUUCUACAGAGCAGCAGGAACGUUUCCUGGUGUCUCAAGGCCACAGCCAGUCAAUACUUUGCCCAUGGGCUCACAUCAUCAGUUCAUCCCUUUACAGGUUACGAAAAAGCGAAUGUCUACCAACAAGAAACCCCAAGAGUUUUACUCAGCUGCCCAGAACGUAGCUAGGAAUAAAGCCCGACGAGGCCAGGAUACGCCUCCUGGCCAGUCACAACCCGUCCGAGAAGAUGACCCUGCUCCGGCAAACACGCUUCCUGUGACGAUGACCCACCCGUCCACGCCUCCUCGGCAAAAUAGGCCGGCCGCGGGCCACACCCCUGGCUCCGCCUCCAAAAGGAAGCACAGGAAACUGGCUGUGAACUUUGAGGCAGCUCGAGUGUCAGACCAGUGAACUUGAUGCGUGUCAGCAUGUGUGCUCGCACCUCUGCUGCAUAUUGCAGUUGCUCCGUUGGCUGAUUGAUAUACCAAUCGCAUCCUUGUGAAUUUAAGAGUCAGGUUUUUGCAGCAAAGAAUUGUUCAGCUCGUUACUUUGCAUUUUGGCCUCCAGGUUUUACAAAGAUGAGAAUCUCACAAUAUG